CAGCCGAAGCGCAACUUUUCCCCAGGCAAAGUGAAAUCAAGCCGCGGACUCGGACAAAAUAUAGUCCCAGUCUUUCAACUUAAAAUUAUCGACAGAAAAGCUACCCCGCUCCCCCGUCGGACCCCUCGACGUUCGGCCGUAAUCUGGAGAGGCCCCGUCCGGGUUCUGAGGUCUUUUCGCCGGGUUUGGAGCACUUUUGAAGACGGGCGGAAAGUGGGUGAUGAGUCCUAGCCUGUAAAAGAAGCGAGAACUUGCUUUGCAGCCUGAGUAGUUCUUCUUUCAAUUGUUAUUGUCGCUUUAAAAAAUCUUUAAUUCACUUAAACUUCGUCUCGGCCGCGUCGAAAGUGGGAGAAAAGUGCUUUUCUAGUCGGAACAUGGAACUACAAGGCCUGCAAGAGGCGCUGAAAGUAGAAAUCCAAUGUCAUCAGGAUGGAGAGCUUAAGAGACAGCUGCACGACAGGCAAACAAGAAUAACAGCCCUGAGCGAUAAACAAAAUCAGACGUUGUGCAAAGGCCUCAAUGAACUUCAGAACGGACAGAAGCUGGCGGUCAGGACUUGUCCCGUAGGGACGACUAAGCCUCUGUCUCUCAUCAAGCCUCCCAGCCAGGGCAUCGCUAUCUCCGUGGUGCCGGCCAAGGCUCCCGUUUCCAUGGUGACUGCACACAUUAACGGGCAGAAGGCGGCGAGCUCGGAGCCACUGCAGACGUCCCCCAUCAACCUCCAGACCGCCGGCAGGGUGGCGGCAGCCGGAGUCCACCCGUUCAGCAGCAGGAGAGCUGGGGAGCUGCCUCACUCUCAGAUGCUGGGAACUCUCACUGCUGUGCCCAUCAAGGUGCCUCAAGUCAGCUCCCUGCACCGGCUGGCAGGACAAGCAGCCACUGUGCUACCUCAGGUCAGGCCAAAGACCCAGAUCCCGGACAGCCUUCCCCACAGUCCCUGCCAGGAGCUGCAGCCCCUCAGUCUGCAGAGGGCCACCGCCGUGGUCAGUCCCAAGAGCCAGGGCCCCACCCUGCCCACCGCCAACAGCACCUUCAGUCCCGACCACCAGCCCAACGGCCAGAGCGACCCCUCGCCGCCCCCGGCCCCUCCCCACGGCCUGUCGGGGGGCUCCGACUCCAGCGGCCCGGCCCAGCACGCCUCUGCGGGACCCGGUGUGGCGUACGCCAUCAUCGCCGCCUCGCCCGCCACCGGCAACGGGGUGUCCGCCGUCAGCGAGGCCGUCAAGGUGCAGCCACUGCUCUUCAGCGCUGACAACAAGGUGAUAAUAAUCCAGCCUCAGGCCCCCAGCAGCACCGAGGGGUCCCCAGGGGCCCAGGCUGACCUGCCGUCACAGGAGGCCCCGCCCACCCCGAAAUCCCCGUCCCAGAAGAAAGACGAGGACCCGGAGAAAAUCGCCUUCAUGGUCGCUCUCGGCCUCGUCACCACAGAACACCUGGAAGAAAUCCAGACGAAGCGACAGGAGAGGAAGAGGCGGAGCACGGCCAACCCGGCGUACAGCGGCCUGUUCGAGCCCGAGCGUAAACGUCUGGCGUCUCAUUACCUGAACAGCUCGCUCUUCCUGUCGGCACGAGACUCUGAGGAUUUCUGCUGGAAGGAGGACUUGGAGCAUGACGACCACUGUGCCAUCUGUAAGGAGGACGGCGAGCUGCAGCCCUGCCACAACUGCCCCCGAGCCUUCCACCCCAACUGCCUCCAUCCGCCGCUCAAAACCCCCCCGAGAGGCCCCUGGUACUGCCCCAAGUGCCAGAAAAAGGUUCUGAACAAGGAGAACAUGUCGUGGCCUCAGAACUUUGUUCAGUCCUACGUCACACACAAGACAGUGAGGCAGGAGGAGAAGCGACGGCUGGUGAGGAGAAACAGCGAGCUGAAGAAAGAGUGCGCUCACCUGGAGGAACAAGACGAGCAGCUCAACAAGACGCUCAAGCACUGCAUGGACCUGAGGGAGCGUCUCCUCGGGCAGCAGAGAGACACUCAGGCGUCGCUCGACCGCCUCAAAGACCUCAUCAGGUUGAUCCAACGCGACCAGCUCAUCCAGGUCACCAUGACGACCACCGCCACCAUCGCCGCCUCCCUGCUCUCCCAGUCCUGGAUCAAACCCACCAGCACCGCCGCAGCCGCCGCAGCCACGGCCACGGCCACCGCCGCCCCGGGCCCUUCGGCCACACCCCUGCAGAAGAGCCACGCCCACAGCCAGGAGAACAUCAACAACUAGCCCCGCCCCUCCCCCCACCACCACCUCACACGGUGCUCCGACUUUUUUCAGCGUCGAGGGCGGCGAAGUUUCUUUCGUGGGAAUAUUUCAACAUGUUUGUGUGCGAGCUGAAGACGAACUGAGUCACGUGUUUUUUAAAGCCAACACCUCCAGUGCUUACGAGAUUUCUUUUUUCAAGUUCUUUUCUAUUUCUUCAUGUUCUUGGCCUUAAUGUAUUUAUUACGACAGUUAGAGGACGAGCCGCCGCGGGAACACGAGGCUCCUGGAGACCCCGCCCUUUUCUAACAGGUCCGGUUCUUGUUCUGCAGAUAGAGAGAGAACAGUAGAGCUAGUGGACUGUACAGUCAUAUAUCUGAGUAGAUGUUUGUUCUCAUUCUCCUACGAACAAUGUUUUUGCCAUAAUAAUUCAGGAAAUGUUUUCAUGGUGUACGUGAACGAGCCUUCAAACAAAAACAGAGAAUAACUUUUUUUCAGUAUUAAUAGAGUUAAAGUCAAAGAAAAAAGUAUUUAAGAUGAAACUACAGAAAUUAGCAUUUCUAGUGGAGAGUUUAGUAUUUUCAUGAUGCCUGUUGAUAAAUGUAAGUUUGGAGUAUUCAAGGGGAUCACUGUACAUAUGUUGUAUUAUUAUUAUUAUUGAUAUCAUCAUCGUCAUCGUCAUCAUCAUCAUCGCAGGUUUUUCAUAAUGGAGGAACUGAGCUGAGUCUGUUUGUGUCUCUGUUUGAUUGACAGCAGCAAAAACAAGAAAAUAACAGAAGAAGAAGAAGAAAUGAAAAAUAUUUAAAAACAUCUUCAAGUAAAAAAAAACUUUUAAAAAAAUCACGGUUUGAUUUUUGUUGCAGAAGCCGAACGUUAAAUAUUAAAUAUCAGAGCUUUUCAUUUAUUUCCUCUGUAGAGUUCUGCAGGAAUGAGUCCAAAAACCUGGAUCUGAGUUAGCAUGUUAGCAUGUUAGCACUUCCUGUUCCCUGAUCCUGAAGUCUCUGGGUUGUUGGUUAGAAUUAGAUUAGAUUAGAUUAGAUUAGAUUAGAUUAACUUUAUUAAUCCCACAACUGGGAAAUUCUUUUACCACAGCAGAAAUCAGAAUGAAAUCAGGUCUGUGUUUAACACAAGCUCAGGACGUUUUCAUCGUCGGGGACGUUAAACGUCGUCAUAUUGAACAUGAAAACCGAUCUACUCACCAGUCCACCUUUACAGCCUGGUUAACUCACCAGUCCACCUUUACAGCCUUUUGAAGAUGAUCCUGCGGAACUAAACCAGAAACUUUAUUUUCUACUGUCUAGAAGACAAUGGGAAAAUGUCAGUGACUUUAGUGGAGGGAACCAGGGUGACGCUCACUUCCUGGUUGUUCUACACACACGUCAUUCCUGCAGCUCUGAGUCUCUGAUUCUGUGAUCUUUAUUCUUCACUCAGUUUCUGCCUAAAAUCAAACCACAAACCUGAAGUUUCCUUCCACUGUAAAUACAUUUCAAAUAUUUUAGUUUCUGCGUCUUUAAAAGAAACUUUAUCGUGUCCAGAUGUUGUUGUUGUUGUUGUUGUUGUUUCUGCUGCUGCGUCAUCACCAGGAAACAAACAGACUGAGCUUCAGUUCGUUCCCUCCAACACAAACGUCGUUCAGUCGACGUCAUGCACCAUUAAGCCCCUCCCCCUUUAACCAGUGUAGAAAAUAUGCCAAAAACUCUUUGUUUUUCUACCGGGAUCAUUAACGUCUACUGUGCUUUUUUCCCGCCCUGCCUGUUUUUAUAUUUUUGGCGUGAAGCUCUUUUUUUUUUACUCGUGUGUUUCCGGUGACGAGCCUGUCAGCUGACAGAUGAACACUGCCUCAAGUCCAAACCGUCUCAGAUCCAGGUUUUCGUCUCUGUUGCGUCAUUUUCUCGACACCGGUCGAUCAGAAACGGGACGCCUCUGUCAAACUGCAACAACUCUCUCUGACUGUGGGCGGAGCGGCGGCACGGAGGCCACGCCCUCCCGGUUUGACGUCGAACCGGGACGCUGUUUCCGCCGCUGCCGCGUCCCGCUCGGUCUGUUGUGUAUCUCGCUAGUCUUCCUGCUGGUCCAGAGAGGUUCCGUUUAAAUGUUGAAUCAUAGAUUUAGUUUAUAUUUGAUUUGAUCAAAGUGUCACCAGGUGAGGAGCAGCUGCUGCUGCUAAUGCACAAACACGAACAAAGUACAGAGGAAGAUGCCUUUAAGAAAAGAGAAGAGAAAAGAAGUGAUUUUAUUUGUUUUGAUCAUAUCCAGGUCACAUGACUCUAAAGUAUCAAAGAUACAGAAAAGAUCCUCAAUGUUGGAGAAGCAUCAUCUGCACGAAAAAAAAAACCACUGAAGCGUCUGUGGAUUCAGAGUCGAACGAGUCGAACGAGACAAAAAAAUAACGAGCAGCAAUAUAAAAGAAAAAGCUUCAGUUGCUUCAAAUGAACCAGUUCUUACAAAAUGUCCUGAAUCGUACAGAUGUGAAGGAGAAACAGUCCUUCAAACAAAUGCAUCGUUUAUUUUCACUUGUAUUAAAAGUGAAAAGUGUCGAUGGUGGAUGAGACGUCACGUCGUGUUUCAGUCGUCUGCAGCCAAACACGCAUCAGCUGAUCUGGACGCUCUGUGACCUUCGAGUCCAAAGAGGUUUUUACUGUGAAUCAGAUUCAGAUUCAUUAAUAUUAAUCAUUUCAUUAAAUUUAAAUAAACAAACAAAUUUAAUUCACUGUAAUAAAUGACAAAGAGAAACAGCAAGUUUUUAUGUUUGAGAAAAUCGACUGUUCAGUCAAUUCAAACGUGACUCAUAGAUUUAAAUGAAUAUAAGUUAUUAAUUGUCUUAAUAAAUUACAGACAAAUUGAUCGUAAUGACUCAACAGUACUGCAAAUGAUUAUUUUCAUUUUCUCAAUGAAUCAUAAACUCGUUUUCACUCAGAGUUUAACUGAGAAAUGCUGAAACAAACCCGACAGACUCGCAGGUUUAAUGUUUGUGUGAAGAAAUAUUUGGACAUUAAACUCGAACGAUAGAAACAAACUGAAAAGCUUUGGACUCAAAGGUCACAGCCGUCCAACAGUUCAGCUCAGAGACGUCUCACUCUGAUCUAAAUCCACAGGUUGUUUGACAUGUUUCACCAGAUACAGAGCCUGAGACAUUUCUGCUGACUCAGUAAAUCCAGAUGUUGGUGCAGCAGAUGUGGUCACCUCCUCUAACAUCAUAAAACAUCCAGCACCAGGGAAACAGAGCAGAGAGCAGCUGCUCUUGUCAUUUAUUGACUUUUUUGUUCUUUUUUCCACUAAAUUUCAGAGGAAAUUUUUUUUUUCCUUCAUGAAUUUUCUAAAACAAAAAGUCUAUAAUCAACUGAAGAAUAGAGCACACUGUUACAUAUUAAACUAAACAGUAAUAACAGUAUAAAACACUUCAAAUUGGCUCCAAAUGUAACUACAGUACAACAAUAUUAAAACUGUCCUGACACAUAUUCGCAGUAAUGAACCAACAUUCACACUGACGGGACAGUUUCUGACGAAAGAGUAUUUUUUUUAAUUCAAGAUGUUUUUCUAUCAGAACAACACUUUGAUAUGUUUUAAGUAAAACUCUGAGUGAAGGACUUUUACUUUGAUUUGUAUUUGUAUUUUUAUAUCUCAGUAUUACCAAGGAAACUGUCCUGACUCACCUCCAUCACUUUGUGUUAUUUAGUUUUUAUUUUAGCGUCUCUGCUCUUUUUUCCAUCAACAGUAAAUCAUGUUUUUCUGAUGUUAUCAGAGGUCGUCUUUGUUUUACACCUAAAAACGCUGCAAGAAAAAAACCUGAUUGUUCAACAUAAAUCCAUUUAUCUAACUUUUGUUUUUUUGAUUAAUUUUUCUUCAGACGUCAAAACUGAAAAAUAUUCAGUUUACAUUAAUAUAAAUCAGGAACCAGCAAAUAUUUCAUGUUUUCUGUUGGUACGAACUAAAUAAUUUAAAAGGUGAAAUGAUCACACUCCCAGGCUCUGUAUCUGAGGCAAACAGAUGAUGCAUUAAUCUGCCUUUAUGAACGAAUGAAUCAUGAUCAGUGUGGAGUCCUGAUGUGAAACAUAUCCAGUCCUCGACCAGACCACAACCACAGAUGGAUCCAUAUCAGCUCCGUGUCGUGUCGAUACUUCAAACCCCCACAAAAUAAGAACUCCUCCUCCUCCUCCUCCUCUUCCUCCUCCUCCUCCUCUUCCUCCUCCUCCUCCACCCCCACCCCCACCCCUCCACACCUCCUCAUCCAUUUCUAGAAAUCUUCUCCGGGAGAAACUGUGCAGUGCUUAAACAGAUCUAUUUUAAUACACAACACGACAUUUGAACAAAUGAGAAAAAAAAAGUUAGAACAUUUUUAUAUUCUUUUAUCAA